AUGACAACAUCAUCAUCUUCUUCUUCCUUUGUCUUAACACUAGUCUUAUGUCUAAUCAUUGCUUCCUUAAUGAUACCAAGUAAAAGUAACCCCUUGACCAAAGUGUGCAUCAAAUCCAAGAAUCCUAGAUUUUGCUUGCAAGUUUUUGGCCUAAAUCCUCAUAGGAGUCCUUAUGAGUUAACACAAGAGGCCAUCAACUUAGCAUUGAGAAACGCGUCUGAGACAGCCAGUAAGAUUGCUAUCUUUUUAGAUGAGACAAACGAUAAUAACUUGAAAGUGAUAUAUAAUUAUUGUUUGGAUUAUUACCAUUAUGCAAUUAAUUCUCUAAGAGGCGCGGAGGAGAAUUUUCUGAAGGAUGGCUUAGUAUAUAAUCGCGUGUAUGUUGCUGGAAACUUUGCCCAGAAAGCUAAUUUUUAUUGUGAAAAUGAGUUUCAGAGAAUAAUAGGUUAUGCUUAUGCCUCUACUCUUACAAAGGACAAUGAGAGGAUGGGGAUUUUUGGUAGUAUUAUUGUGGCUGCGGCAGAUCUUCUAUCUAAUUCAACAUCAGUAGAAAAAUAG